AUGUAUGAGGUGUCCACGGAAUGUGGGCAGGUCCUCAGGAGGCAUAUCGACCAGAUUAGGCGGCGAAUGCUUCCCGAACACACUACGGAGGACGUACCGAGACAGCGGACAGUCCUAGAGGAGGACCCUACUGUGGCUCCAGAGGAGGCGGCGCCUGCACCAGAGCACCCACUCAGAGACGUCCAGCCCCCAGCAGCCGCGGACGCGACCCCAGAAUUAGAGGCGGCUGCAGCGGAGGCCCCGGCACCACUCCCGAAUUCCAGCUCAGAGGCCGGAACCCCGGAGGCUGUAGAAGUUUCUUCUCGGGCUCAUGUUAACGAAUCCUUUUCUCAGGAUCAAAAUUCAUCAGGAGGUUCUUGCUCUCUAGAAUGCCUUAAUGGAGCAAUUUGCACAGAGGCUGGAGUAUGUGACUGUGAGACAUUCCAGGCACAGGGUGAAAGGUGCCAAACUGUUCCAAAUUCUGGCAAAGACAGAGACGGUAUUUGCAAAUCGUGGGGGCAGCAUCACUUUGAAACAUUUGAUGGCAUCUACUAUUACUUCCCAGGAAAUUGUUCAUAUAUUUUUGUGAAAGACUGCAGUGAUCCAGAGCCUCAGUACACUGUAUGGAUUAAUAACAGCCCACAUUGUGUUGGCUCUGUGUACUCUUGCUUGCGGUCCAUCAGCCUGUUCUUUUUAAAUCAGGAUGAAAUAAUCAUAUUGGGACAUGAAGUAAAGAAAGGCAGAGUCAGGUUGAUGUUGCCCCAGACAAUUGGAAAUAUUUUCAUUGAACGAUUAGCAGAUUACAUUUUGGUGAAAACUACCUUUGGCUUUUCCCUAGCUUGGGAUGGAAAUUCUGGGAUUUAUGUUAAACUGACGGAAGAACACAAGGGGAAAACAUGUGGUCUGUGUGGAAACUAUAACAGUGAUAUGUCAGAUGAUUUCUUAUUACAAAAUAGUGAUUAUCAAGAAGAUAUUGCUAAAUUUGCCAACAGUUGGUCUGUGCAAACUCCAGAUGAUGCUACUUGUGUAUCUACUGCCUCUGAUUUUCCAAGUCCAUGCUCUAUUGAUUCAGAGUCUUAUGAGACCAUCUACAUCAAGUGCCAAAUACUCUUGCAGUUUCCUUUCCUCAGCUGCCACCAAAGCAUAGAUCCAUACCCGUAUAUUUCCAGCUGUAUGAAUGACCUUUGUCAAAAGGAUGAUGAUGACACUUACUGCCGAGCAGUGACAGAAUAUGCUAGAUCGUGUUCACAUGCAGGUUACCCAGUACGAGAUUGGAGGGAUGACUUUCCAGCAUGUACUGAAACAUGUGAAGAUAGCUUCAUCCACCGGGAUUGCAUUAGCUGUUGUCCACCAACUUGCACUUUUGAGAAGGAUUGCCUUGGCAGUAACCUCCAUUGCUUAGAUGGAUGCUACUGUCCAGAUGGUCUCAUACUGGACAAUGGCACCUGUAUUUCUGUGUCCGAUUGCCCUUGCGUUUAUCAUGGGACAGCUUUUCCUGUAGGCUCAAAAAUUGAGCAAGAAUGUAGCAACUGUAUUUGUAUUGGUGGCAUUUGGAAUUGCACUGAGCAUGAUUGCCCAGCUGAAUGCUCAAUUGUUGGUGAUUCUCAUUUCGCAACAUUUGAUGGACGCCAUUAUACCUUCCUUGGGAUAUGCCAGUACAUUCUGGUGAAAGGCACUGGGAAAGACAAAUUCACAAUUACUUUACAAAAAGCUCCUUGUGGUCAGAAUCUUGAUCAUGCGUGCAUUCAAGCAAUAACACUAGUUCUUGAAGAUGUAAACAAGCAAGUGACUCUGAAUCGGGGUGGUGAAGUUCAGUUUGCUUCUUCCAACCAGGGAUUUAACUUUAAUGGAUAUGUUGAAGUGCGAAACCUGUCUUCACUGUUUGUGCAAUUGAAAACUAAAUUUGGAUUAAGAAUUCAGUUUGCUAAAGAUGGAGAGAGAAUAUAUAUUCAACUCAGUUCUGGCUGGAAGGGAAGAACUCUGGGUCUGUGUGGAACUUAUAAUGGAAAUUUGAGAGAUGACUUUCUUUCUCCAGCAAGAAUGAUUGAAGGAACUCCACAGCUGCAUGCCAAUGCAUGGAAGGUUUCUUCAGCAUGCCAUGUGCCCAUCAAUGUCCCUGUGGUUGAUCCUUGCAACAUUAACCAACAAAAUGUUGGUUAUGCAACCCAGUGCGAUUUAAUCAAUCAAGACCUCUUUGCUCCAUGUCAUGCCUACAUCAGUCCAGAAUUGUACCACCAAUUGUGCCGCUUUGAUGCUUGUAAAUGUGGGAGCACUUGUUUGUGCAAUGCUCUUGCACACUAUGCCUAUGUAUGUCACAAACAUGGAAUUGCUGUUGACUUCAGAUCUCACGUCUCAUACUGCGCAUUAGUGUGUAAAAGUGGUAUGCAGUAUCACCAGUGCUCUUCCUUCUGUGAGCGCUCCUGUUCUUCCUUGUCUUCUCUGGAUGUUUGUGAUCGUGACUGUGCGGAAGGGUGUAAUUGCCCAGAAGGGAAAUACUUUGAAGCAUCUAUCAACUUUUGUGUGCCAAUGUCUAGCUGCCAAUGUUAUUAUAAAGGCAGAAGUUUUCAGCCUGGGGAAAUGCUACCUACACCCUCAGGUUUAUGCCAAUGUCUGAAUGGAACAAUGAAAUGCACUGAAGCUGCUGCAGUUCCUGCAGUUCACACAUGCCCUGAAGAAAAAAUCUACUAUGACUGCCGAUCUCAUGUACCUGGCUUGCCAUCAGCUGGAGUGAACUGUGAGCUAUCUUGUGCAAACCUUGCCAUGAACUUUACCUGUACACCAUCACCACCAUGUGUGAGUGGUUGUGUCUGCCCCCCUGGAAUGGCAGAACAUAAAGGAAAAUGCUAUGUCCCUGAUAGCUGUCCAUGUACGUGGAAAGAUUGGGAAUAUAUGUCAGGAGAAAUAAUAGCUACACCUUGUUAUACAUGUGUUUGUCGACGUGGGAUAUUUAAUUGUACUUAUUAUCCCUGUCCUGCUGUCUGUACUGUCUAUGGGGACCGGCAUUAUUACACCUUUGAUGGACUGGAAUAUGAUUUUGUCAGUGAUUGCCAGGUUUAUUUGGUAAAGAGUUCAGACAGUCCAAACAUAUCUAUAAUAAUUCAGAACAAGAAGUGCUUUGAUAAUGACAUCAUUUGCUCAAAGAGUGUCUUUAUCUCUGUUGGAGACACAGAGAUUUACUUCAGUGACCCUGUAGAUGUACAGGUAAGAACAGGUCUGAUACAUGAGAACAAAACCAAGUAUCAGCUUUGGAAGGCUGGACAUUAUACAGCAGUACACUUCCCAGAGCAGGAAAUCACUAUCCUGUGGGAUAGAAAGACAACAAUGCACAUCAAAGUUGGAGCUCAAUGGAAGGGUAAAUUGGCAGGUUUGUGUGGGAAUUUUGAUAAAUUCACUUCAAAUGAUCUGACCACAUCCAACAACAUGGAAGUAAGAAAUGCUCAAAUUUUCGGAGAGAGCUGGACACUAGGACAGUGUGCAAGUCCAAAUGACACCAUAAAACCAUGUGAAGUACAUCAGAGCAAGUUCCCUUAUGCCAAAAAGGAAUGCUCAAUUUUGUACAGUGAUGUUUUCGCCCCAUGUCGCAAUGUGAUUGAUGUGACAUCCUUUGUCAAAAAUUGCCAUACGGACACAUGCAAUUGUAAUCUUGGUGGAGACUGUGAAUGUCUGUGUACAAGUAUUGCAGCUUAUGCUCACAAAUGCUGCCAGCAGGGUGCUGUAAUUCACUGGAGAUCUCCUUCCGUCUGUCCUUAUGACUGUGAUUUUUACAACCAAGGCCUUGGAGAAGGACCAUAUAUUUUGGCAAGCUACGGUCAGAAUGACACAGUUAUAGGUGUCAACAUCAGCAGCAGAAAGAUAUUCCCUUUGCCUAGGAUUAGUAUGAAUGGAAACGUAUAUUUUAAUUUUAUGCUAACUCCAGGACUUUUUAAAGAUAAAAUAUUGUCUCCAUCUCUGGUUUCCCUUGAGUCUGCUGAAAGACCUAACUACUUUCUAUAUGUCCCUGACAAUGAAAGUGUUUGCUUAGAACAGUGGGAAACAAGUGCAUCGUUUCGUAGAAGAGCUACUUUCUUCCAUCAUCAGGGCCUUUGGAUCCCAGGUUACAGUGCCUUUGAAUUGCAUAGCAAGAAAGGAUUUUUCAUUAUACUCAGCACAACUGGUGUGAAAGUUUCAAAAUAUGAUGACUCUGAAGAAUUCAAACGUUCAAGCAGCUUCAGUAUAGAGGAGCUUCAUGCAGCAAUACCUUACAGGAGAAUGUGUGAGUGGAGAUAUGAACCUUGUUCAAGUCCUUGUGUUAAAACAUGCAGUGAUCCUGAAGGAAUAGCAUGUAAAUUUCUCCCACCAGUUGAGGGAUGCUUACCAUAUUGCCCUAAGGAUAUGAUUCUCGAUGAAGUCACACUUAAAUGUGUUAACCCAGAAGACUGCAUACCUAUAAAACCCACAGAAUCUGUUCCUGUCACCAAACAGACCACAGAAAUAUUUUCUCCGAUAUCUACUAUGUUUGGUUCACCUUUAACACAAACAUUUUCUGUGAUUUCAAGAAGUAGGUCAACUGAGGCUCAUCCUCACAUUUAUCCAUUCUCUCUUUCUGAGCUAACUACAUCUGAGAGUCCCUUAUUUACUUCUAGAUUCACUACAUUUGCAACAAGUCCUCAUCAUAUACCCUCAGCUUCAGAUAUGGUGACAGUACAAUCUGCCUCACAAAUACCAACUGAUACUUUCAUGCCUACAUCUGCAUCACUAAAAGCACUCCUGACCCCUUCUGAACAUAUUAUACCCUUAAUUACAAAACAUGUUUCUGUUAUUGAAGAUAAAAUCAGGACAUCAUCUUCAGUUAUUGAACAGACACCUACAUCCAUAUGGCCUUCACUGAGUCCCAAAGAGACAUACAUGAUGCCUACAUUAGUGCCUCCUCCAAUUACAACACAAAGACCCAAAGCAACAGGAGAAGUCACAAUUGUCUCAAAGAGUUUUCAUAUAGGGCCUUCUACAGAGUCUCUUCCAGGCAUUCCCCAAACCUCUAAAACAUUAAGUAAACAUACAUUACACACUGAUUCAUCUCCAGUAUCAGCUGUUCAUGGAAGUUCAGCAGAAUUUGCUAGAACUAGAGCUUUACCUAGUAGUACCUCAACAUUACCUGUAACAGUUUCAUACGAUACACCACAAACAACAUCUAAGGCAACUAUGCACUUGUUUGAUCUAUACACAGAAUUAAAAACUGCUUCUGUGAUUAAAAGUUCAGACACUUAUCUGACUUCUACAGAGUUCCCAGGAACCUUAUCUGCUCUUACAAGUCCAUCUCCAUUGCUCACACUGCUAUCAACAACAAGAUCUUCUGCUCCUCAGACUUCUGCCUCAGAAACUCAUUCUGAAAGUUCAUCCGCUACUCCCACAAUUAGUGUGAAGUCUGCUGUAAAACCAGCAGGCACUCGCAUACAAACACCAGUUGUAUCUCUUGGUAUGCAUACUACCUCAAGAAGUCCAGGUUCAUAUCCUGCAUAUUUUCCUACAGUUAUUCCUUUGUUAACUUCAAGCACAGGUGUCUCUGCAACAGAUACUGCAUCGUCACCUCCUCCUGAGAUCUCAGAUAUGACAAUACAGCCAUUAGGAACAAGAAGUUCCUCUUUGGCUUCACCAGACAGUAGGACAUUAUCUUCAUUAUCAAGUGGUCUGGACACUAAGUCUGCAGAGGCAGCACUGACAUUUUGGAAUACUACAUCAGCCUCACCUGACAUCACUGAAAAGGAUUCCCCUAGUUCUCCGGUACAUUUAUUAGUUUCCUCUGCCAGCACAAUAGUUCCUAGCCAAACUGCACAAGUCACUGACCUUUCUUCUAUCAGCUUUGAACUUUAUACAACUACUACUUCAGUCCCAGUUCCUGCUACCUCCCAAAUACGUACAUAUACUCCAAGCUUUACUUUGUUUACACCCAAGCCCUCCACAGAAACGUUCAGAACUACAGCCAUAAAAAUGGAUGAAAUUACAGUAUCAGAUUGGGCAAAGCGAAAUGCAACAUCUAUUGGGAAAACUGCAUAUGCCUUAGAAAGUAAUCAGACCUCAGAAGUUAAAGAACAUGUUACAGAGACUAAAUAUGUGAGCCCUGAAGAACCUUCACUACUUCCCUUGACAAUGUCUCCCAUCCAGAUGAUUCCGUCUGUAAAUGAAAGCAGCACAGUUUCAGUGAAACCAGUCUCUUUUUCUAAAGUGACGGAUAUAACAUUAUCAGACUGGUCUAGAGUUCCACCACCAAAAUCAAUUAGACCUUACUACAAUGUAACUGAACCAGAGCACGUGAAAAUAGCCAGCUUGCAGAAUGUCACGAUAACAGAUUCACCUUACUCCACUACAGAGCCUGAGGGAAUUCAAGCUGAAACAGAAAUUGUGACAACAGAUAGUGUGGAACAUGCUUCAUUUGGCACUAUGAUACAUACCUUAAUAUCUGCGACAUCACCAGAAUGCACGCCAAGGUAUCUUGAUCCAGUAGACAGAUGCAGUCAAUACGUGUGCAUUAAUAUGGGAUGGAUGCUCUACAAUCUCUCAAGGAACUGUCAUAAAAAUGUGGAGAAACCUGACUGUGGUUUUCGAGGGAUGCCAGUCCAGGUUAACAGUGACAGCUGCUGCCCAGAAUGGGAGUGCCCUUGUCAAUGCUCUGUCCUGUCUGAAUUGAGUAUUAUUACAUUUGAUGGAAAUAAUGUUGCGCUAUAUAAAGUAGCAUCCUACAUUUUAGUCAAGUUACCUACGGAAAUUAUUGUGGCUCAUAUUGAAAAAUGUCCCACUAACCAGAGUGCCAAUUCAAUAAGAAAACUAGUUCCACCUGGAAGUGCUUCAGGCCUCUGUUUUAAGAAACUUAAUGUAACAACAUCUUCAAAUGCAGUACUCGUCAACCGUCUAGCAAGAAAGGUAGUUGUGGAUUCAAUGAUUCAGUCUUUGCCCUUCUCUAAACACGGCUUAUGCAUUCAAGAUACAGGUGCUAUGUAUGUCAUUAACACACCAGCAGGGAUCAACAUUAAGUGGGCUCAUGUUACAGGCAUUAUAGAUAUCCAGUAUGGCUUUCACUCUAACACCACCACCAAGACUGAAGGACUUUGCGGUGUUUGCAACGGUGAUCCAGUUGAUGACCUGAGAAUGCAAAACAGAACAAUAAUUACAAAUAUGGAAGACAUUGAGGUGUUUAUUAAAAGCUGGGAAAUUGAGAAAUCUGUAGAUGUAACAACCAGGAGACCUACAAGAAACUGUACAGAAGACAACUGUACAUAUUGUAUGGAACUGCUAAAUAGAUGGGCUUUUGCACCCUGCCAUAAAAAAGUUUCACCGCAAGACUUUUGCGAAAAAAUGUGGAUCAACAAUACUUAUUUCUGGAAUUAUGAAUGUGAUGCUCUUUCUGCAUAUGUGGCACUGUGCAACAAACAUAAUAUCUGCAUUAAAUGGAGAACACCAGAUUAUUGUUCCCUCAGCUGUCCUGAUGGAAAGGAAUACCAGCCUUGUGUGCAACCCUGUGCUGCCAAAACAUGCCUAAAUAAAUGGUUCUAUGAAGAAUCACCAUGCUCCUACUUAAGGGAAGACUGUGUUUGCAAAAAUGGGACCAUUCUUCAUAGAACUGAUGCUGAUCUUUGCAUUCCAGAAGAAAAAUGUACAUGCACAGAUAAUGAAGGGCAGCCCCGUGCUGCUGGAGAGGUCUGGAAUGGCUCCAAUAAAGGUUGCUGCAUGUAUAAAUGCUUGGAGAAUGGGAGUAUUGUUGCCAUAGAGCCUGAAUGCAGUGAAGAGCCACCUCCCAUCUGUGAGCGAGAGGGUGAGGCAAUUAUUAAUGUCAUUGAAGAGAGGGCCUGCUGUCCAAAGAAAGUCUGUGAAUGCAACAUGACUCUGUGUGACUCUAUUAUUCCAACAUGCAAAAUUACUGAAAAGCUGGUAGUGGGAUAUAGUCUUUCAUCAUGCUGCCCCCAGUACCGAUGUGACUGUGAUCCAUCAGCAUGUCCCAAUGCUUCCCGUCCAGAGUGCAGAGAAGACCAAUUCAUUGUUGAAGCAAAACAAGAGGAUCCUUGCUGUUUUUCAUAUUUGUGUGUUUGUGAAUCCUGUAUAGAACCUAUUCCAUUAUGUAAUGAAGGAGAAAUUCUUACUGUAGAUCUCAGCACUACACAGUACUGUUGCCCUCAUUAUCAUUGUGUUUGUGAUGAGAACCUCUGUCCAUUACCAUUCAUGAAUUGCUCUGCUGACAUGAAACUUCUGAAGAAAAAAGUUCCUGGGCAGUGCUGUCCAGCUUGGCAGUGUGAAUGCAAUUGUGAAAACGCUACUGUGCCAGCUUGUAAAGUGGGAGAAGUUCAGAGAAUAGAUUAUAAUAUUUCGAGUACAUGUGGAUGCACACAGUACACAUGUGAAAAGGAUAAUGUCUGUGUAUUCCAAGAAGUAACAGUUCUGAAUCCGGGUCAGUCUAUGAUUCAAUAUCUGGAUGGAGAUCUUUGUUACACAGUAAAAUGUUCUCUGGACAGAGAUCCCAGGACAGGAUUUCAUGCCAUGGAUCUGACAGUAAUCAACUGUUCCCAAAAAUGUGAAGCUCAUCAAGUAUACGUUCCUUCACUGAGUCAGCACUCUUGCUGUGGGUCCUGCAUUAAUGUGUCAUGUACUUUCUACAGUGAGGAUGGAACCCUAGUCAUAUAUGAGGAAGGAGCCACCUGGGACUCAAACUGCACUAAAUAUGAAUGUGCAAAGACUGCUGUAGGUGCAGUAAUUCUUGGAUCCAGUGUUGUUUGCCCACCUUUUAAUGAGACUGAGUGUACAAAGAAUGGAGGCACUGUACAGACAUAUAACGAUGGCUGCUGCAAGACCUGCAAAAGGGAUGAAAGGAUCUGUCAAAAAGUCACAGUAAGAACAACUAUAAGAAAACAUGACUGUGUGAGUCGAAGCCCUAUCAAUGUGGCUUCUUGUGAUGGAAAAUGCCCCUCUGCCACAAUUUUUAAUGUCAACAUUGAUAGCCAUUUGAGAUUCUGUAAAUGCUGUCGUGAAAACGGAGUACAGAAUCUAACUGUACCACUCUACUGCUCAGGAAAUGGCACUGAAAUUAUGUAUGUCAUCCCGGAGCCUACAGACUGUUCAUGUCAGUGGAAUUAA